CAACGUGAACAGACUUAAUGCGGCACGUGACGAGUGGUAUACGUUUCGUCAGCUGACGUGCAAGCGACAUUAAAAUAUAUUUCGGGCGAAAACUAUUUUUGCGAGAUUUAAUUUAUUUUCAAGACAAACACAAUGACACUUCAUUCUGCAGGAAAGGGUAAACUUUUAGCGGUGAUUGGCGACGAGGAUACUUGCGUAGGCUUCUUACUAGGUGGAGUUGGAGAGAUAAAUAAACAUCGUCAGGCUAACUUUAUGGUUGUUGACAAAAAUACAGCAGUAAGUGAAGUAGAGGAUACUUUUAAGCGAUUUAUCAAGCGUGAUGACAUUGACAUCAUUCUUAUUAACCAGAAUGUAGCUGAAAUGAUUCGCCACGUAAUUGAUAGUCAUACUCAACCGAUACCCGCUGUAUUGGAAAUUCCAAGUAAAGAUCAUCCAUAUGACGCCAGCAAAGAUUCCAUAUUGAGACGUGCUAAAGGAAUGUUCAAUCCAGAAGACAUUCAUUAAUAUAUAUAUGAUGUUAACAAGAUUGUAUCAAAUGUGUACAAUAGGAAUAGAAUUAUAUGUUCGAUUAUGCGUUCCAAUAACUAUUCUUUGUUGUUUGGUAAAAGUGAUAUAAAAUUACAGGCUUCUUACAAUAAGUUGUCAGUGAUCACUCAUAUCAUAUUAGUAGUAAGUCAGAAUUAUAAGUCAGAAUUGUCCAGGAUGGAUACUUUUGGCUUGAAAUUGAAAUUGUUAAUAUUUAUGCCUAUUACCAUUCCUACUUGUCACUUUAUUGCUGUUUUAUCAUAACGCGUGACGCUGAUACUCAGGGACGACCUGUCUAAAAUUGUUAAAAGUUUUUCUGCAUCAGUCAAUAUAUUUCAAAAUA